AUGGUGCUUUACAAAGGACCGCGCCUGUUGGACUUUGCAAAGACCCCUCCGCACCUUCAGUUCAACAAAUAUGUCCUGACGGGGUACCGGCCAGUAUCCACGGCUCAAGAGUGCCUCAGGAGUCUCUUCUACAUGCACAAUGAACUGGGGAACAUUUACACCCAUGGCAUCCCCUUCUUCCUUUUCUUGGUGCUACUGCCUUUCAGCAUCCCCUGGAUGGAGGUGGACAGUGUCUGGAUCUGCGUGGUCCACUAUCUGGCCUGUCUCUGCCCCACUAUAGGCUCAGUGGUCUACCAUGUGUUCAUGAACCACGUGGGAGGAGAGCAUGUAUACGAUACCCUGCUCUCCCUGGACAUGUUUGGGGUCUGUCUGGUCAACACCUUGGGAGCACUUCCCAUCAUUCACAUCACCCUUCUUUGCUACCCAGCCAUGCAGCAGGCUGCUUUGCUGGCCUACAUCCUCCUGUCAGCCUACGGGAUCUACUGCGCCACCACGGCCCGCACCAACGUCCUGCGCCUGCGAGCUUUCGUCUGGCAGGCUCUGUUCCGCUUCAGCCUCUUCCUGUUCCGAGUGUACGGCAGCGGGGUGGGCAGCCCCAACUCCCUGCGCCUCUUUGUCAUCAUGGACUCUCUGGCCGUGCUCGGGGGACUGGUCAACAUCAUCCAGAUCCCCGAGCGCUUCAGCCCAGGCCUGUUUGACAACUGGGGCAACAGCCACCAGAUAAUGCAUGUCAUGGUUAUUUGCUCAAUUAUCUACUUGCACUGGGGAACACUGGAGGAUUUAGCCUGGAUUAAGACCUACCAGUGUCCCACUGAGUGAUGCCAAGUGUAUCACAAUGCAUACACACACACACACACACACACACAUGCACUUGGGGCUUCGCUGAUAGAAAUGACAUUUAGGAAUCAUUGAGGCAGGAGUAAAGUAUGAAAAGAAGAGAAGUUGUUUCAAAAUGCACUUUAGUCCUAGCUGCUGAAAUUCUUCAUAAGGGGAAGUUUCUAAUUUGACAUUUUGCCAGAGAAGAAUGAGAGGAACCCACAGUGUUGUAACUGUGGAACUCAAAUAUCACUAUAUUGAAUUGAAAAUCCUGACUAUACUUGAUUUCUAGUUUACUGAAAUGCAGUAGUUUUGGGUCAUAUUAC